UGGAUGGAUGGAUGAAAUAAAGUAAUAACUCGACACCCUCAUCAAAGUACAGCGAAAUUCAUAGCAUUAAAUGAUUGGCCAUGCAACGUGUGUUUUCUGCUCCUUGUGAUAAGAAAUAGAAUUUGCUAGCUAUUGAGCUGCAGUUUACAAGUGAAAAUGUAUUUCUUUUAAAAAAAAUUAUUAAAAAAUAAUCAGAGAGGAUGCAUAGAGUUGUUUUUGAAUGAUGAAUGUUAGAUCAAAUUAACAAAGCAUUGCAUAGCAGUGUUUAUUUAUUUACAGUGUUAUAGAUGCCUGCAUGCUUUGACAUUAUAGCCUGCGUCUGUCACCCCCCUCCCCCGUUGAACACUGUACACUAAAGUUCACUCGUGAGUGUGGUGUGGGGCAUGGUGGGCAGGCGUGUGAACUGUGAUGACGAGCUAAACUUGGGAAUUCAACAGAUAGUUCACAAAGUACAAGAACCUUACCCUUGACACAGUACACUGCUGCUGAGGCUUUGGCCAUGCUGCAAAGUAUGGACCCUUGUGACUCAGAUGGAGGGGAACUAUCCAUUCACCCGCAAGAGACUUCGGACUUUGACGUGUUCUCAGGUGAGGAGAUGUGUUCGGACGGGAGAGCGGAACUGGUCAGCUGGGGACACAGUCCAGACCGACAGAUCCCAACUGUGAGACGGCAAAAGAUGGUACUGUGUGGGUUGAAGAAGAAUUGGGGAGGCCACUUCCCAAUGGCCAACUAGAGCCAUACUAAUGUGGUGGAGAGUCAACAGACCAAGUCUGAAGAACUCUCUUUCAGAGUUUUUUGUGUUUAGUGAGUUGAGACAUCCUCUACAAGAUCCAAAAAUGUACCCUUGCGCAUGGCCACAAGACCGAAGUGGCUUGGAGCACGUCUGCCUAUGAACUGAUGGCGUUCAUCUCCAUCCUUCUUUGGAGUGGGGUGGUCGGAAUUCCGUCGCUGGCUGAUGCUUUGGUCGACAAUACUGGGGAUCUGACAUGUCAAGAGCACAGUUGCCUGAAACCGCUUUCAGGACAUCAUCCCCUCAGUGAGGUGCAACUGACAAAAUCUUUUUCCAACAAAGUCUAAUAUAUAGGUUAGCUGUAAAACCCAUUAUACUGAAAAGAGAACAUUUUAAAAAAUCAUUUAAAUACAGUAUGUGAGGUGUAUGUAAAUCUGCAGUCUGUUUUGGGGUAGAAGACCAAGCAAAUAAAUGUGACUUGACUUACCACACACCACAGCUAGUUUAUCACUAAUGUUCUGAUGACGACUCUGAAUUUAGAUUUUCUUUGCAUAUUUUUACUGUCUGUAUUAUUAGAAAGAGACCCGGGUUCAAAUCCAGCCUCGCCUGCCGUGUCUGCGUGGGUUUUCUCCGGGUACUCCGGUUUCCUCCCACAUCCCAAAAACACGCAUGAUCAGCUGACGCGCCGUCUGAAGGAAUAUGGCCUGGUCACCCCCUUCAGCACCGACGCCCACGGACGCUUCCUGUCUCACCUGCUGUCGGCCACUCACAAGCAGCGGGUCAGGAGGGAGGCUUCCACCACCACGCCGCCGCCCCCAGCGCCGUCGGAUCAGCAGCUCUUCUUCAACAUCAGCGCCUUUGGUAAGGAGUUCCACCUGCGACUGCGGCCCAACAACUGGCUGGUGGCACCGGGGGCGACGGUGGAGUGGCACGACGACGAUAACUUGGGGACCGCGGGCGGAAGUUCCGAAUCAGCUGCCAAACGGACCGGACCUAACAACGGGACGCGGAAGAUAACCUUGCUGAAGACAGACUGCACCUUCGUGGGCGACAUCACGGAUGUCCCCGGGGCCUCGGUUGCCAUGAACAACUGCGACGGCCUGGCCGGCAUGAUCCGGACCGACGCGGACGAGUACUUCAUCGAACCUCUGGAGAGAGGCACCCAGGAGCUGGAGGACAUGGGCAGAGUCCACGUGGUGUACCGCAGGUCGGCCGUGCUGCAGGGCCUGUCCGACAUCUCCGUGGACUACCACGUGCCAGAAGCAGAGUUGCCGGAUGUUCCCAGGACUCUGGAUACGGUUGCGAGGCAGCUCAAUGAGACAGUGCAGCAGCGCCGACGCCGCGACGCCGGUGAGGACGACUACAACAUCGAAGUCCUGCUGGGAGUCGACGACUCAGUGGUUCGAUUCCACGGGAAGGAACAUGUGCAGAAUUACCUCCUCACGCUCAUGAAUAUUGUGAACGAGAUUUACCACGACGAGUCCUUGGGGGUCCACAUCAACGUGGUCCUUGUGAGGAUGAUCAUGCUCGGCUAUGCCAAGUCCAUCAGCCUCAUCGAAAGAGGCAACCCGUCCCGCAGCUUGGAAAACGUGUGCCGCUGGGCCUUUGGACAGCAGAAGGGCGACGUGGACCACGCCGAACACCACGACCACGCCAUCUUUCUCACACGCCAAGGCUUCGGCCCCACGGGAAUGCAAGGUUAUGCUCCCGUGACCGGAAUGUGUCACCCAGUCCGGAGCUGCACCCUCAACCACGAAGACGGCUUCUCCUCCGCCUUUGUGGUGGCUCAUGAGACAGGACACGUGUUGGGCAUGGAGCACGACGGCCAAGGCAACCGCUGCGGAGACGAAACGACGAUGGGAAGCGUCAUGGCUCCUCUGGUCCAGGCGGCCUUCCACCGAUACCACUGGUCAAUGUGCAGUGGACAAGAACUGAAGAGAUACAUCCACACCUACGACUGCCUACUGGACGACCCCUUUAAGCACGACUGGCCGGAGCUUCCCGAGCUGCCCGGGAUCAACUACUCCAUGGACGAGCAGUGUCGCUUCGACUUUGGCGUGGGCUACAAGAUCUGCACCUCCUUUCGCACAUUCGACCCAUGCAAGCAGCUAUGGUGCAGUCACCCCGACAAUCCUUACUUCUGUAAGACCAAGAAGGGCCCGCCCCUCGACGGGACUGAAUGUGCAACCGGGAAAUGGUGCUACAAGGGUCACUGCAUGUGGAAGAACCCCAGUCAGGUGAAGCAAGAUGGCGCUUGGAGCUCGUGGGGCAAACAUGGCUCCUGCUCGCGUUCCUGUGGGACCGGCGUUCGCCUCCGAACGCGCCAGUGCAACAACCCCUCUCCUAUAAAUGGUGGCCAGGACUGCCCUGGUGUCAACUUCGAGUAUCAACUGUGCAACACUGACGAUUGCCCAAAGCACUUUGAGGACUUCCGAGCUCAGCAGUGUCAGCUCCGCAACUCCCACUUCGAAUUCCAAAACACCAAGCACCACUGGCUACCCUAUGAGCAUCUUGAUGCCAACAAGAGAUGCCACCUGUACUGCCAGUCCAAGGAAACGGGCGACGUGGCGUACAUGAAGCAACUGGUGCAUGAUGGGACUCGAUGCUCCUACAAGGACGCCUACAGUGUCUGCAUUCGUGGGGAGUGUGUGAAAGUGGGCUGUGACAGAGAAAUCGGCUCCAACAAAGUGGAGGAUAAGUGUGGCGUCUGCGGAGGCGACAACUCUCACUGCCGCACCGUUAAGGGAACCUUCACCCGGACCCCAAAGAAAGCUGGGAAAACCAGGGGAGCCUUCUCAUUGCCCAAAGGAGCUCGCAAUGUCUUUUUAAAUGAGAGCGAGGAGUUUAGAAAUGUCAUUGGCUACCUUAAGAUGUUUCUCAUUCCUCCCGGAGCUAGACAUGUGAUCAUCCAAGAACAUGAGGCCUCCCCUCAAAUUCUUGCAAUCAAGAACCAGGCGACGGGCCACUACAUUCUCAACGGCAAAGGAGAGGAAGUCAAGUCCAGGAGCUUCAUUGAUUUGGGCGUGGAGUGGCACUACAUCAUUGAGGAAGAUGUGGAGACUCUACAUACUGACGGACCUUUGCACGACCCAGUGGUGGUUCUGAUCAUACCCAAGGACAAUGAAACACGCUCCACUCUGAUGUACAGAUACAUCAUCCACGAAGACUCGGUGCCCGUCAACAACAACAAUGUCAUCCAGGAGGACACGUACGAGUGGGCGCUCAAGAGCUGGUCUCCCUGCUCCAAGCCGUGCGCCGGAGGCUACCAGUAUACCAAGUACGGUUGUCGGAAGAAAGGUGACACCAAGAUGGUCCACAGGGGCUACUGUGACGUCGGCAAGAAGCCCAAACCAAUACGCCGCAUGUGCAACCUGCAGGACUGCACGCAACCCCAGUGGAUCUCUGAGGAGUGGGAACACUGCACACGUACGUGCGGCAGCCUGGGCUUCCAGGUGCGUACCGUGCGAUGCGUCCAGCUGCUGCACGACGCCGCCAACCGCUCCGUACACAGCAAGUACUGCACCGGGGACCGGCCCGAGACCCGCAGGCCCUGCAACCGCCUCGCCUGCCCGUCGCACUGGAGGACGGGAGCCUGGUCCGAGUGCUCCCUGAGCUGUGGCGAGGGCACGGAGAGGCGUUUGGUCACCUGCCGAAUUGGUGACCAGUGCGGUGGAGACAAGCCAGAGAAUGUGCGUGUGUGCCGGCCUGGACCAUGCCAUGAUGAGCCCUGCCACGGAGACAAAUCCAUCUUCUGCCAGAUGGAGGUUUUGGCUCGCUACUGCUCCAUCCCCGGAUACAAGAAACUGUGCUGCGAGUCGUGCAGCAAACGGGUUGGCGGCAUUGGGGGGGCUCUUUUCUCCGAGCAAGAGGACCACGUACGCUUCGGUUCUGCCUCCCAGCUGCUGGAGACGCUGAUGGCCAACGUCACCCGCGCCGGUAAACAUCAAAACGGUGGUAAACAGCAACGAAAUGCAGGCAACCAGCCACAAAACACCGGUAGGCAACAGCAAAGCGCUGGUAAACAGCAGCAAAAUGGCGGUAAACAACAGCAAAAGAGCGGUAAACAACAGCAGAGCAUUGGUAGACAAAAGCCAAGUGCCAGUAAACAACAACAAAACGUUGGACGAUCGAGGCUGGUCACCACGCCCGCACCGCCCAAGAAAGCCAAAACGACUUCAAAGCCCAGGAGGAACCCGAGGGAUGCCGCCCUAGCCGAGAGGCAACGGCCCGCAGUGGGAAGCUUCACUGACAGCUGGCGGCACGCCACGUUCUUGGAAGUGGAGAGAUGAGAAUGGCAGCUUCUUUAUCUGGACUACAUAGACACAACAGUUUCAUCGUUCUGAGUCUUCUCACGCUAACAACAACAAAAUCAUCAAAGACAUAAGAGGUGCUGGUUCACUUUGUUUUUAGAGUUCAUGCUCUGGCAUACAUAGGAAGUCCGGGAAUUAAUUUUAAGUUAGGGGCACAAAGAUUGAAAGGGAAUUUUUUUAUUUGUCCAAAAUGAAAAAGUUCAUAUGAUACAAAACAUAAAAGAAAACUCACUUUUUUUUCUUCGUUGAUGAUAAAUUGUACGUCGCUGGUGAAAAUGUCAACAAGUCCUUGCUGUCAUAAAAUUUAGAAAUGUAGUGUCAUGACCUUAACAUGCAAGUUUUAUAUGAACAUCAAAGACAAUUUUUAACAUCCAAGUCAAUUUAGCGUCUUCAAGUGGUUUUGUACAACAUUGAAGAUAAUUUCAAUUCCAACAAACCAACCAUGCAUGUAUUUGUAAAACAUCAGACAAUUCAGUCUUGACAAACAAAUGUAGCGUUUUUCUUAAAACAACAAAAAAAAUCAAAGACUAUCUGCUCUUCAAUUGGACUGCAGUAAGUGCUUGAGUAAACAUGAAAGACAAGUCUUUGAAAGACUAAAUGUGCGUGUUUCUGUUAAUCGUCAGACAAUUUUGAGUUCAACAAACUUUGUUUUAAACGUGUUUUUAUUAUACAUCAAAAACAAGUUAGUGUUUGACAAACCGAAACCUCUGCGUUUUCAUUAACUCAAUGUACACGCUUUGUGAAACAUGAACGACAAUUUAGUCUUUAACGAACCUAUUUUUAUAAUACGAACGUAUUUUUGUAAAACAUUGACCACAAUUGAUCUUCAAAGAAACUUUUGUAAAGCAGCGAACCCAGACAAUGUUUUUCAACAAAAACUAACUGAAUAAUUUUUGUAAACAUCAAACAAAAUUGAGUCUUCAAUGAACCUAGCGUGUGUGUUUUUAUAAAAAUCAAAGACAAUUUAGAUGUCCACAAACCUAGCAGGCACAUUUUCAUGACUAUCAAAGACAAUUUGGGAGACAAACCCAAGCGGCUGUAAUUUCAUAAACAAUUGAAAUUUAAAAACAAUUUAGUCCAAGACAAACCAAACAUACACAAUUUUGUUAAUAUCAAAUACAAUUUAGAGUGAGACAAAUCGAACAUACAUAAACAUCAUGAUAAAAAGAAAACAUAACCAUUUUCAUAAACAUCAAAGAUAAUUGAGUCUUAAAUUAGCCUAACAUGCGUGUUUUUGGAAAAUGCCAAAGACUUGUCAUAAACAAACCUAAUAUACAUGUUUUCAUAAACAUUAAAGACAAUUCACUCACCAACAAACCUUAAUGCAGGUUUUCAUGAACAUCAAAGUCAAUGUUGUUUUCAACUAACCAAACAUACAAAUUUUCGUGCGCAUCAAAAGACAAAUAAAAUUGAUGAUAAAAUAUAUGCACAGAAACAGAAUGGUACAAAAUGUUUUUAAUGAAAUUAAAAAAAAAAUAUUACUGACACCAAACAGAGAAAUACGAACAAAUGCACAAAAGGAAACAGUAGCAAAAACUACUAUUACCAGUAACUACCUUUAAUGUGUUCCAGUCUAAGACGAGUGAUUACACACAAUGUUAUCGAUAUUACAGUCGAAAACCGUAAACAAAAAGUGGUUUGAGUUGCUUCGAACUUCAUAAACUCUGCUUAAUGGUGCUUCCAUACUUACUACAUGGUGAUAUUGAAUGAUUACAUUAAAAUAAUCAGUAUUAAAAAACUGGACGCUUUUUUUUUUUUUUAACCAUCUCAGUGUUUAUUGUUACAAAAUGAUGCUAAAAUCAACAUUUUUACCUUCAAAUAUGUAGCAGCUGUAACUUUCAGAAGCUACAGCCACAGCUUGACUAAGUUCUGCUCCAGCUUUGCUCAGUGAAAAUAUUUAUUUUAUUUUUUACAACAAGAACGCACAACAAGAAGAUAUUAGCCAAAUAUAUUCUUUGGCUUUAAUCACGUUAGCAUUUUACUAUAUUGCUAGCAGUUUUAGCAACUAAAGGUUAAUGUGGUCACAAAAAUGUAUAUUCUGGAUUUUACAAUAUUCCUUUGAAUGACCAUGGGUCAAAUUAAGAAUCACUUACAGUAGUUGAGUUCUUUAAAAUAUUAUAUUUUAAGUGGAAUAUUCUGAACUCCUCAUUUAUAUAUCUACAUUUUUUUCUGAUUACUUUGCUUCAGUUUUUCCUACAUUUUAAAAAAGUACAAAAGAAAAGGAUACAUUUUUCAAUUUUGACUAUUGUAGACACAGUAACCUUAGCUUUACCUUCGCUCAGUGCAAGUAUUUUUUAAUGACAAGACACAAAUGGAAAUGCAUUUGCUAAACCAUCCCUGUGCUUUUGCUUUACGCACACGUUAACAUUUUUAGCAUGUCACUAGCAUCUUUGGCUAAUGCUAUUGGAGUCACUUUAGGAGUUUGGUAUCGAUGCACAUUUCAUGAAAUGUCUGUUUUACAAUGGGGCAAAAUAAUGCUUAAUUAGUCAAUUUUUAGUUUACAAAAAAAUGUAUUUUAAAUGGCAAGGUGGACAACUGGUUAGCACAUCUGGCUCACAGUUCUGAGGACGGGGGUUCAAAUCCCGGCCCCACCUGUGUGGAGUUUGCAUGUUCUCCCCGUGCCUGCGUGGGUUUUCUCCGGGCACUACGGCACUACAUCCCAAAAACAUGCAUGGUAGGUUAAUUGAAGACUCUAAAUUGCCCGUAGGUGUGAAUGUGAGUGUGAAUGGCUGUUUGUUUAUAUGUGCUCUGCAAUUGGCUGGCGACCAGUUCCGGGUGUACCCUGCCCCUCGCCCAAAGAUUGCUGGGAUAGGCUCCAGCACGCCCGCGACCCUUGUGAGGAGAAGCGGUACAGAGAAUGAAUGGAUGUGUUUUAAAUUCAAUUAUUCUGAAGUCCGUGAUCGUAUUUCCUUUUUCAUUUUUUUUCUGUUAGCAUCACUUCAAAGGGAAAAUAAAGCAAUCAAAGUAAGUUUAAUCCUCAUUAUUUAAAAAAAAAAAAAAAACUAUUUAAACUUUUAGGGAUAGAGACAGCCACAGCUAUUUUAGUUUUAGCAUUAGCUUCCCCCAGUGAAAGUAUUUUUAAAAACAAACAAGGCGCAACAGGAACGCGUUUGCCAAUACUUGUCUCCAGUCUUUUGCGAUACUCACAUGUUAGCAUCUUUAGCAUGUCAGUACCAUCUCAAGCAUGUUGCUAGCAUCUUUAGCAUGCUAACAUGAUCGCAAACAUUUAUAAUAGGCAUGGGUGUUUCACAAAGUUUCUUUGGCUAUGGGGCAAAUUAAUGAUCAAUUAGUUGAUUUAUAUUUAUUAUAUAUAUAUAUAUAUAUAUAUAUAUAUAUAUAUAUAUAUAUAUAUGAUUAUUAUUUUUUAGUGGGUGCCAGCACACCUGCGACCCUAUUGAAGAUAAGCGGUUUGGAAAAUAGAUUGGAUGUUCUGAACUCCUGUUUCUAUGUCAAUAUCGUAUUGAGCAGAAUUCAUGCUUGAUAUUUGAAUGCAUACCAGAUAUUAAUGCACCGUGUCACUAUUUCUGUCUAUUUCCUUGCAUUUUGCUGCGCUUUGCUCACUUCCGACAUUUUAGCAAUUAGCUACAUGAAGUUUUCGAUGGCAUUAGAAGACAAACAACAACAACACAAAAACAACAAUGGAUUUCCUCACAACCACAAUGCAUCUGACUGCAAUAAAAACACAACACAACAAUGUACAACAGUGUAUAGUACGUGUAUAUAGAUAGCAUUGAGUGCAGACAUAUUUAUUGAAGGGGCGGUGCUGUUUGUGCAGACUUUUUUCCGGCAACAUUUUCACUUUUUAUUUUGAAAUGAAUAAAAAAAAAUGUACUAGAAUAGAAAUGACAUUGUUUUUUGCAAACAAUUAGAUGUAAAUAUACACGCUCAAUUUUGAGAUGUUUGUCACCAGGCUGUCUUUUCACAGCUGUUUUUUUUUUUUUUAAGCAACCGACCCAAGCUCUUUAUUCUAGCUGCUAGUUUAUUUAGUUAACAGUGUUCGUUGCUGCUAAGCUUUGUAAUGAUGCUAGUCGGGCAAGACAAAACCCCUGAGCCUCCUUCCAGUACUGUAUCCAUACAACCUGUGCAUUGUCAUGUCUCCAUUGUGCUUGUCUUGUGUAUUUGUGCAGAUUCAAGUGUACACUACUACUGAUGCUGUUUAUUGGAAUGGGGAGCACAUAGCAAUAAAGAUAGGAUCAACAUGUCCGCCUCCACACUA